UCUGCGGGAGGGGCGGGCCCAGCGCUACAGGAGCUGCCAGCAACUUUUCCCAGCUCUCACUAGGCAGGGAGGGAGCGCUCCGACAGCUUCAGGGGUCCGCGGGCCGUCGUCUCUUUCGACCCAGCGCGUUCUCUGCAAACUCAGAGUACCUCGGGUCCUCCGAGCAGACCCAAGAUGCGUCCAGGACGGGCGGGGCUUCCGCCUGUGUGGCUGCUCUUAGCGCUCAGUCAAGGUUUUUUAAAUUGUUGUUUGGCAUACAAUGUUGGUCUCUCAGAAGCAAAAAUAUUUUCCGGUCCUCCAAGUGAACAGUUUGGCUAUUCAGUGCAGCAGUUUAUAAAUCCCAAAGGCAACUGGAUAUUGGUUGGUUCACCUUGGAGUGGCUUUCCAGAAAACAGAAUGGGAGAUGUAUACAAAUGCCCUGUUGACCUGUCCACUGCUACGUGUGAAAAAUUGAAUUUGCAAACUUCAACCAGCAUCCAGAAUGUGACUGAGGUGAAAACGAACAUGAGCCUCGGCUUGACCCUCACAAGGAACAUGGGGACCGGAGGGUUUCUGACCUGCGGUCCUCUGUGGGCACAGCAGUGUGGCAGUCAGUAUUAUACAACUGGUGUUUGCUGUGACGUCAGUCCCGAUUUUCAGCACUUGGCCAGCUUUGCACCUGCAAUUCAGACCUGCCCUUCCUUUGUAGAUGUCGUGGUUGUGUGUGAUGAAUCAAACAGCAUUUAUCCCUGGGAUGCAGUGAAGAACUUUUUGGAAAAAUUUGUACAAGGCCUGGACAUAGGCCCCAGAAAGACACAGGUUGCCUUAAUUCAAUAUGCCAAUGACCCAAGAGUUGUGUAUAACCUGAACACUUUUAAAACCAAAGAUGAAAUGAUUCGAGCAACAUCCCAGACGUUCCAGUCUGGUGGGGACCUCACAAACACUUUCAAGGCAAUUCAAUUUGCAAGGACUUUUGCUUAUUCAGCAGGUUCUGGUGGUCGACCAGGGGCGACCAAAGUAAUGGUAGUUGUAACCGAUGGAGAAUCACACGAUGGCUCGAUGUUGAAGUCUGUGAUUGAGCAAUGCAACAAUGACAACAUUCUGAGAUUUGGCAUAGCUGUUCUUGGCUACUUAAACAGAAAUGCCCUCGAUACUAAAAAUUUAAUAAAAGAAAUCAAAGCAAUUGCUAGUAUUCCCACAGAAAAGUUCUUUUUCAAUGUGGCUGAUGAAGCAGCUCUACUGGAAAAGGCUGGGACAUUAGGAGAACGCAUUUUCAGCAUCGAAGGUACUGUUCAAGGAGGAGAGAAUAUACAGUUGGAAAUGUCGCAAGUAGGAUUCAGUGCAGAUUACUCUCCUCAAAACGGUGUUCUGAUGUUAGGUGCAGUGGGCGCUUUUGACUGGAGUGGGACCAUUGUCCAGGAGACUUCCCACGGACACUCAAUCUUUCCUAAGGAAGCCUUCAACCAAAUUCUGCAAGACAGAAAUCACAGUUCAUACUUAGGUUACUCUGUGGCUGCAAUUUCUACUGAAAAAAGUGUCCACUUUGUUGCUGGUGCUCCUCGGGCAAAUUAUACUGGCCAGAUAAUUCUAUACAGUCUUGAUGAGCAUGGCAAUGUCGUGAUUAUUCAGACUCACAGAGGGGAUCAGAUUGGCUCCUAUUUUGGUAGUGUGUUGUGUUCAGUGGAUGUGGAUAAAGACACCAUCACAGAUGUCCUCUUGGUGGGUGCGCCAACAUAUAUGAAUGACCUCAAGAAAGAGGAGGGAAGAGUCUACCUGUUCACUGUGGCAAAGGGCAUUCUGAAUCAGCACCAAUUUCUUGAAGGCCCUAAUGGGAUUGAAAAUGCUCGCUUUGGCUCAGCGAUUGCGGCUCUUUCGGACAUCAACAUGGAUGGCUAUAACGAUGUGAUCGUCGGUUCACCUUUAGAGAAUCAGAACUCCGGAGCUGUGUACAUUUACAAUGGUGAACAAGGCACCAUUCGCACGAAGUAUUCUCAGAAAAUCUUGGGCUCUGAUACAGCCUUCAGGAGUCAGCUCCAGUUCUUUGGGAGAUCUUUAGAUGGCUAUGGGGAUUUAAAUGGGGAUUCCAUCACUGAUGUGUCCAUUGGUGCUUUUGGACAAGUGGUUCAACUCUGGUCACAAAGUAUUGCUGAUGUGUCUGUGGAAGCUUCAUUCAGUCCAGAAAAAAUCAUUUUGUUCAACAAGAAUGCUCAGAUAGUCCUCCAACUCUGCUUCAGGGCAAAGUUUAGACCUACUCGUCAAAACAAUGAAGUGGCCAUUAUGUAUAACAUCACACUUGAUGCAGAUGGAUAUUCAUCCAGAGUAACCUCCAGGGGUUUAUUUCAAGAAAAUAAUGAACGAUGCCUUCAGAAGAAUAUGGUACUAAAUGUAGAAAACAGAUGCACACAGUACACAAUUCAAAUACAGAAACCCUCUGAUGUUGUCAACUCUUUGCAUCUACGUGUGGACAUCAGUCUGGAAAAGCCUGGCACUAGCCCUGCACUUGAAGCCUAUUCUGAUGCUGUCAAGGUCUUCAGCAUUCCUUUCUACAAAGACUGUGGCAGUGAUGGAAUUUGCAUCUCUGAUUUGGUUCUAGAUGUCCAACAGCUACCAGCUACUCAAAAACAGUCCUUUAUUGUCAGCAAUCAAAACAAAAGGUUAACACUUUCAGUAACACUGAAAAACAAAGGGGAAAGUGCAUACAACACUGCAAUUGUGGCUAAUUUUUCAGAGAACUUGUUUUUUGCUUCGUCCUCCAUGCCGGUGGAUGGAACAGAAGUAACGUGUCAGGUUGAUUCAUCUCAGAAGUCUGUUACCUGUGAUGUGGGCUAUCCUGCUUUAAAGAGUGCACAACAGGUGACAUUCACUAUCAACUUCGACUUCAACCUUCAGCACCUUCAGAAUCAGGCAGCCUUCAGCUUCCAAGCAUUCAGUGAAAGUGAGGAAGCAAACAAAGCAGAUAAUUCAGUCAGCCUCAAAAUUCCUCUCCUGUAUGAUGCUGAAAUUCACUUAACCAGAUCCACCAACAUAAACUUUUAUGAAGUUGCCUCAGAUGAGAAUGUUCCUGCUAUCGUGCACAACUUUGAAGAAAUUGGCCCAAAAUUCAUCUUCUCUCUUAAGGUAACAACAGGACUUGUCCCAGUAAGCAUGGCAUCUGUAAAUAUCCACAUCCCUCAGUACACCAAGGAAAAGAACCCACUCAUGUACCUGACUGACAUACACACGGACCAGGCUGGUGACAUCAGUUGUAAUGCAGAAAUAAAUCCACUGAAACUGGGUCAGACCCCUUCUUCGGUAUCUUUCAAGAGAGAAAACUUCCGGCACAUGAAAGAAUUGGACUGCAGCACUGCUUCCUGUAGCAAUGUCAUCUGCUGGUUCAAAAACCUUGACAUAAAAGGAGAAUACUUCAUUAAUGUGUCUACCCGAAUUUGGAACAGGACUUUUGCUGCAUCCACUUUCCAGACAGUACAGCUGACAGCAACUGCGGAAAUCGAUACCUAUAAUCCUCAAAUAUAUGUGAUCGAAGAGAACACUGUCACGAUUCCUCUUAUGAUAAUGAAACCCAACGAGAAAGCAGAAGUGCCAACAGGAGUUAUAGCAGGAAGUAUAAUUGCUGGGAUUCUUUUGCUCUUAGCUCUGGUUUCUGUCUUAUGGAAGCUGGGCUUCUUCAAAAGAAAGUAUGAGAAAAUGAUGAAGAAUCCAGAUGAGAUGGAUGAAACCACAGAACUCCACAGCUGAGCCAACCAGCAGGCAAGCUCCUCACACUGGGAACUGUCAGCGUCUGGGAUAUGCUAUUGUCACGAAUGGAUCUUUUUUUAAGUCCAAGUUUUUCACUAAUAGGUAGAUGAGCCUGAUAUUUUAAGAGAAACUGCUGUCAGUUUGGAAUGAAGAAAUUGUGAGUGAGGAUUAGGGGUAAAAAUGGCAAAAGACAUUUUUUACAGAGAAGAAAAAAGUAACACUUAAACUGGCUGGUCCAGAGUUUACAUUCUAAUGUAUUAUGUUGGAAACAAAAUAUUUCCAGGUAUACAAGUCUUAAAGUUGUAACACUUUCUCAGAUUUUGGGGGUGGGAAAUGCUUUCUUUAAACCGAUUGAUUUAAACAGCAAAACCAAAGGUAUAUAUGUAAUAAUAUAUACCAUACAUAAAUAUUAAUAUAUAUCACAUAUAAUUAUGUACAAGUUUUAUAAUAUGCAUAAUCUGUGUAUUAUAGAAUACAUAUUAAUUAUACAUAAUACACAUUACAUAAAAUGUGUAUUAUGAUGGAUAUUUCCACAUAUAUAUAAAAUUAUCAUGAGUAAUGUUAAAAAGAGUGGACAAAACUAGCACAGGUUGUUUUUCAACUUAUGCUGUUCAUCUAAAUUUGCAACACAGUGUCCUUUCAAGUGAUAAUUUUAUUUAUAACUAGUGAAAAUUUGUUACUCCUUCUCUUGGCCCAUGGCUGUCUCUUCAGAUUCCUACCUUGCUAUAAUUGUUAAAACAUGCUUAAAGCGGCAUAGACAAUAACCUCCUACUAAGGAUACCUCCUACUAAAGAAUCUCCAUUUAAACUGGGGAGGGUUGGUUUAGAAGCCAAGGAACAAAAUUUUGCUUAUAUCCCAUACUAUAACAAAUAUAUGGUAAAAUCCUAUCUGCUGGAAGCCCAGGGAAGCGAAGAAACUUCCUUUAAUGAUGCACAACAGUUCUGUUUUAGGACUUGAUUAGCUGGCUGGCAGCAAUUUGGUGAAUAUUUAAAAGAUGAGUAAAUUCUUUGCAACUUUUCUGCUCCUUUGUGGAGUCACUCUCUCAUGGUCCCGCUGCUCCUGUGUGACAGAAGCCUCCCAGCCUGCCUUCUUCUCCAGGGCUUAUCAUCCACCUUCCUUUACCUUCAUCCAACUCUCCCACACCUGAGAGGUGCUGGGCUGAAAAAGCCAUCUAAUUCACACACCUGUGAAUUACACACCUGUGUGGAUUACCGUGUACAGGCCUUAACUUCAGGAGGCCAAUUUUGUUUACUGCGAAACAAGAAAAUGAGCCGAGGCAAAUAUGUCAAUGUUGGAAUUUCAGAUGGUACAGACAGCUAAGCUACAACAUAAGCUUAGCACUCGCAAGAAGUUAUGGAUGAGGCAUCAGGAACCAUAAAAUUAGCAGGUGCAUCUGCUGUGCUUGUUUCUAGAAGACUGAAUUUCAUCCAGGCAAGUCUGUUUAAGAGGUCAAUUCUUCUGCUCCAACUCCUGAGAUUUGCUGGUCAGAUUGGGAUGAAGCCCCCUAAUUUGCAUUUUGACAAGCACCCAACAUUAUGCAGUAAGCAGACGCACUUUGAGGGACAUCACCAUUUCCUACUUUCUUUUCUCCAUUUUGGAGCCUCCACUUCUCCAGGGAUAACUCUGAGGGAAAGGGCAUGGGAAAGGGCAACAAGGACCACUCAUGUGGGGACACUGUAUACCUAAAGCUUUGGAUAAGUCCUCAAAUUCUAUGAACUUCAGUGUCCUCAUUAUACAGCGGGGAGACGAGGUUGGAGCUCAGGAGUGACGCUUUUAGCUUUACAAGUUUAUGACCUAGAUUUCCGAUAGUACAGACAAUCCUCUGAGAAUGGGACUUGAAGAAGCUAUCAGCCAGGGAUAUAGCUCAGCGGCACAAGCACCUGCCUGUCAAGGGCAAGGUCCUGAGUUCGAUCCCCGGCACAAAAAAAAAAAAAAAAAAAAGAAGCUAUCAGAGGAGAAUGGAAUCUGCCCAUGUGUCUAUGCAUGGACUUGACCGCAGUGCUGGCCCGGCCCCUGAGUGAGCAUACAGGGCUACCCGGACAAAGCAAGACAAAACAGCCAUAAAAUACCAGGGGUUUAUAACAAAAACAGCAUGGUAUUUUCUCUAGUUAGGUGAGCCAGAGACCAAUUCUUUUCACAGCUGUGGAUUCACUGUUUCAUUCCAACAAAAUUUCUAUUUAAAAAAAAAACAGGUGGAAAGACUAGACACUACAUUGAUAAAGACUAUUUAAUAAACUGUGUAACUACUGCUAGUUUUUCAGUGUACUUUACACAACACAUCUUUUCUUUUAUUUUAUUCUGCCUCACCUUGCUUAGAUAAGUAGUAAACCAAGGUCACAUACUUCAUACGUUGAGCUUGAGAACUUUGGUUGUCCUUGGCCUGUAUUACACUGUUUCCAUGGAGCAGCUGGAUUGCUGCAGCUGAAGAGUUAGUCACUUGUUUCCAAACCAUUUAUCACACCAGGGGAGGGCUUUCCUACCCUGACAUUAGGGUCAGGUGGUUUUGUUGGGGGAAGAGGGCAGAAUACUGUCUAGCAGCAUCCUGGCCUCUAUCUAAUGGAUGCCAGGUAGCAUCCUCUUGUCAGUCAUGACAAUAAUAAAUACCUCCAGACAUUGCCAAAUGAAAUACUCCCAGUAGGAGUAUUUCCCAAGCACUUUUAAGCAACGUAUUCAUACAAAAAAUUAAAAAAUUACACGUUUCUCAAGUUAUAUGUUUCAUUCAACCAUACUUUUGUUUUAAAAGUGAGUAUUGGGCUUUAAACAUAUAAUUUCCAUUUCAUAAAUGGUAUAUAGAUAAGGUGUAUAGAAUAUGAAUAUAAACUUUGAACUGCUUCAGGCAUGGCUGCCAUACAGGCCUUAAACAGUGGUGAGAGAGCUUGAUGAAGACACAGCACUGAGAUUGAAAAUUGUGCAUUACUCAUUUUAGCAGCAAAUUGAGAAUUCCUAGCUGUACACUUUUCUAGCUGUCAGUGUUAUUUUUACAAAAUAAUGCAAGUCAUCCAUUAACUAUGAAGAGCAAAGAAAACUAAAGCCAAUUACGUCACAUGAGUGGUAACACUGAAAGCUAUUUUAAAAGGUGUAAUUUUUACUGUAUUUAUCCUGAUAAAGUGUAACCUAAUGGGUGAAAAUUUUAUAAAUUUAGACAUAAUUAAAAAGGCAGGAUUACUCAAACAGCUUCCUGACAUAUCUAGGAUAUUUGAAUUAGCACACAUAUAACAGUUGUACACAUUACGUUUUAGGACUAUGUCCAGCAUACCCAUUUUAAUCCAUUUAAUACCCAUUUUAAUGAAAAAUUAACUUAAGUAUCUAGAGGUAAAAGAUAAACAUGGGGUCAAAGUUUGAAACAAAUGAAAAUAUUAAAUAGUAAUUUUAAAGAAAAAUGUAACCAUUGUGUAAAUAUAAAAAGAAUUAUGUAUACUUGAUUUAUUUUGGCAGAUAAAGUUAUAAUAUAAAUGUAUAUAUUGCACAACUAUGUUAGAAAUUGUGUAUUUUUAAAAAAAAUUGUCUUGUUUUCUUCGUAACUAAUGCACAGGUCUCAGAUAUCAAAUUUGCUUUUUUUGUGUUUUACCUUUUCCUCUCCACUAAAAGUAUAAAAAUGAAUGUAUGUCUGUCUGUACAAGCUGCACAGCCCCCUCAAUUUCUAAGAAACGAAAAUCAGACUGGAAUAGUAAUCAAACCAGAUUAAUAGCUUUUCUCAUAAGAGCCAAACAGAAAAUUUUUAUUUAAGUGUAAAUCACUUUACGUACAACAUUAUUGAGUUAAAAUUGCCUUGAAAAUAAAGCUAUUUUCUCUGCGUGUGGAUUUUUA